AUGACUUCCCGCUGCGCGAUGGCCCUCUUCGUCGCCCUGCUCGCCACGCCUAGCCUCGGUUCCAGGCUGCUGGCUCAGCGCACGUGCUCCGUCCAGGGCAAGGGCGUCACUGCAGACAUUACGACCUCGCCCACGUCGGUCCCAGCGUCAGGGUCGGAGUCGAGCUGGACGUUCGCGGGCGCUGGGAAGUUGAAGAUUGCGCACGCGGCCUGUCCCAUCUCAUCGAAUGACCCCAUGCCAGCCGCAGCUGAGACGAUCACCAGCGGCGGGGCCAGCGAUCCCUUCGCAUGCCCUAAGGAUACGGCGUGCUGCAUCACCUACUGCUGCGGCACGGGGGACUGCUUCAGCACCUUCCUGCUGAAGAACAGCACGACCGUGAGCGCCAGCUCCAAGCGCAUCUGCCUCUCCUCGGAGCUCUACACGCGGACCACGACCCAGGCGACGAACGCCAGCGCCGAGGUCGGCAUGACCUCGUGGGCGGAGGAGACGACUGCGGCAGGCAGCGAGGCGAAGGACAGCACAGCUAAUUACACUUACAGCUACGUCACGGCGGAACCAGCGUCAGGGUCGGAGUCGAGCUGGACGUUCGCGGGCGCUUGCGCACGCGGCCUGCGAAUGGCCAGCCGCAGCACGAGCGGCGGGGCCAGCGAUCCGAAAGACUUCGCAUGCCCUAAGGAUACGGCGUGCUGCAUCACCUACUGCUGCGGCACGGGGGACUGCUUCAGCACCUUCCUGCUGAAGAACAGCACGACCGUGAGCGCCAGCUCCAAGCGCAUCUGCCUCUCCUCGGAGCUCGACACGCGGACCACGACCCAGGCGACGAACGCCAGCGCCGAGGUCGGCAUGACCUCGUGGGCGGAGGAGACGACUGCGGCAGGCACGUGCAUCACGGGCCUCGGCGGGGGCAGUGGGCUGGCGGAGUUCAAGCUCUGCGGCCCAGCGACGCUGGAGCUGUCGACGGGCAUGAACUGCGACGGCCCCGACGAGACGGUGGUGCACGACACGGACAAGUCCGCCGCCGAUUGCACCGUCGUCCAGAAGCCCACGGGCGGGUACUGGAACAGCUACAAGUACACCUGCGUGGCGGGCCUCGAGCGCUGA